AUGGCCCCUGUGGUGAAAAGAGAAGCCCCCGAGGCACCGUCGGGGCUUUCCACGGUAGACCUGAAGAGGAGCAAAGAGGCGACAGAAAAGGAUCUCCGAAAAUUCAUGAAAUUCGUCAGGAAGCAGGUCAAGGAGCAGCACCAGUGGCCGAGCUGGUGGUCAUGGAACAGUGAACGGCAGCUCCAGGAGAAGCAAAAGAAGCCGAGGACAGAGCCGGCUGCCAUUGCGAGUGAUGUCAACGGCUGCCAAAAGCCUGUAGCCAUCAAGAACGAGAAACCUGAGCAGACUGUGGACGACCGCUUCGACACCUGGUACCGCUGCGAUUCGUGCGACAAGUUGUUUGCGAAGAAGCUCGAGCUGGAGUGGCACCUGCGCGAGCACACGGGCGUGCGCCCCAUUCCGUGUGGUCUAUGCCCCAUGAAGUUUCUCAACGGACGACUGCGGACCGCCCACCACACCAGACACCACGGGCUGAAUUCCAAGUGGAAACGCAGUGACUGCGACUAA